GCGUGUCAGGAAUGCCGAAGGUCACAUCUGCAGAGAGCUGUGAUCUGGAGGAGUGACAGCCGAGAGGAGUGGACAGGACAGAGCUCAUCAUGCCGUACAUCCUGAUCAGCACCCAGAUCCGUAUGGAGAUCGGCCCCACCAUAGUUGGAGAUGAAAGCUCUGAUCCGGAGUUGAUGGAACAGCUUGGAGCCGCCAGGAGAACUGUGCUUGGGAAUAAUUUUGCAGAAUACUUUGUAAAUGAGCCCCCACGUGUGACACUGAACAAGCUUGAGAGUUUAGGAUACCGCGUCAUCAGUAUGACAGGAGUUGGGCAGACUCUUGUAUGGUGCCUACAUAAGGAGUAGGCGUGGUGUGUCUCACAAGCACCAAAAGACUGCUUCAGAUGCCAUGUGAAGAGCAUCCUGCCAUGUUCCCGAACAGCUCUUCACUCCGAUCAGUAAUG